GUAAAGCAACAGUUAUUGAUGAUUAAAAUAGACACUUGUUCUUGUGUUAUAAAUAUUAUACUUAUUGCGUGUGCCGAAGAAUAAAAAAAAUUAAUUUAGCUUAAUAUUGCGAUUUUUGCAUAAUGAAUACUUAAACAUAACCUCUAUUAUCAAAGCAAUUACAAAAAAAAAUACGUUAUUAAUAUUUAUCCAUAUUUAUUAUAACGCUCAAAGAAAUAAUAAAUUGUCAGAAAUAAAAAAAUAAAGAGUUACGGUGUACUAGUGUAUGAUCUAGUGAUAAUAAUAAACUAGGAAAAGACAUUGGUGACGACAAUGCUGAUAUUUCAAAGCCGAUAGAAAUGAUCUAUGACCUCUGCAUAUUUAUUUUAUUUUCGAUCGGUCAAUUGUCCAUUUUCUUCAUUCGGUUCUCAUAGUAUUCGUGUUUUCAGUUGUUCGAAACGGUUAGUGACAGUGCGUGUGCAGUCCACAUUACAUUUGCGGUUGGCGGUAUGUGAAAUCAAUGGAGGACGACGAGAUAUAGUUGUAUACGGUGAAAUUCUGUAAUAACACGAUACGAUUUUAAAAUUUUUUGCAAAAUUGGAUAGAUGGAACAUUUGGAUCAAUGUUAUAUUUAUAAAACAGUUAAAAUAUGAAAUUUUCGAUUAUUCGAAUAUUUCUUACGUACUAGAAACCAUAUAUUCGCGUAUAACUAACUCUGGAAGAUUGCUUUAGAUAAGAUAAGAUAAGAUUUACACUCCUUGUACCGAUUCUUACAUUUUUUUUUCUUCCUUUUUAAAAACUUAAUGUCUUUCAUUUAAAUUUCAUAUUUUUCAAUUGAUUAGAUUGAAUCUCUUACAUAAUCUCUUGAUAGACGUAUGCCGAUUACCAAGCUGAAAAACGAUCGAGGUGUUAUAAUAACAUUUUCAGAUCUGAUUUCAUACGAGACAAGCCGUCUGCAUAUCAACGGAUCUCUUCCUGUUAAGUACAGGUCACGGAUGAAAGUUGAAUGAAAUGCUGUCAAAACUGCGGCGUUGCCGAGGUUAAACUAUCUGAUCGAAAUUAAAACAGUGGGAAUCGGAUCAGAGAGAGAAAAAUGUUAACCACGGUGCUCCCAUUGCUGUUGAUCAUCUCGGCUCGCGCGGGUACGUGCGACGGUUUGUGCGUGUUGGAGAACGGAACGAGGGCACGUUGCCAGGCCCUGGAGGACAUCAAAUACAUCGAAACGUACGAUCUCGAGCCGCUCAAGGCCCACGUGAGGGAGCCGAUCCUCCGCCCGUCCACGGUCUUCGUCAAUUUCACCGGCCUCCGCCACCUCGACCUGUCGGCCGGCUCCCUCGAAAGGAUAGAGGCGGGCGCCUUUCUGCCACUGUCCAACCUGAGGAGCUUGAACCUCGCCGAGAAUCGUAUCCACGACAUCGAAACGGGCUCCAUGGACGGGCUCGACCGAUUGCACACCCUCUCGCUUCGUGGAAAUCGUCUUCGACACCUGCCCCCCGAACUUGCCCGGCUCAAGCUCCUGAAACACCUCGACCUCCAGGGCAACCCCCUUCGUUGCGACUGCGCCACCCUCGGCGCCAGGGACCUGUUGGCGAGCAGGGGGGUGAAAUUCGGGGGGAACGUGGUGUGCGCCUCCCCUGCCAACUCGAGGGGGAUCCCCCUCGGCAAAUUGGACGCUGCGAUCGUUUGCCGAUUCGAGGAGCAGGAUCUCCUCGGGAUGCAGAACGACCAGGCCGACGAAAGUUUCUACGACAGCUCCGGCGAUUCUUCCGGCAAACGCUACGACGAGGAGGAGAAGGAGGAGGAGGAGGAGGAGGGGGGGAGCACGGAGAUCGCGGAGACCACGAUCCGAGCUGAGAGCGAGACUCCGUUCCGCGAGAUCGACGAGCCCCCGCCCCCCGUCUCCACCCCGUUUUUCGAGGAGGUGGAGCCCCCUUCCACCUUCCUGGGGGAGUCCUCGACCGAGGGGGCGAGCGUAGCGAGGGGGAUGGAGGGGGGGGCGUCGUCGAGGACCAGCUUCACCAGCGAGAAGAUACACGAGGACGGCCUGUUCUAUCCAACCGAGGGUUCGGGCACCGUGGACGAGGAGGAGGGGGAGGAGGGCUCGGGGGUGGAGGGUUCGGGAAUCGGGGCGACUUCGAUCGACCCGUCGAGGGGGAAGGAGGAGGAGGGGGGGUUCUCGUUGUUCGACGGCCUGUACAACAUGUUUUGGGGGACGACGGAGGAGAUCACGACGAAAGGGGAUCCCGAUCUGGAGGAGGAGCAGUUCAUCUACGCGACGCCGAGCAAGGGGGAGAAACAAGCGGAAGAGGAGGAGGAGGGGGGGGAGGAGGAGGAGGAGGAGGAGGAGGAUAAAGCGUCGACGAGCACCACGAGCGCCAUCACCACCACCACCACCACCACCACCACAACGACCACCGCCAACUCCAUCACCACGGAGAUCAUCCUCGUCCCGGGCGUCAAGUUCGUCGACGACUCGAGCAAAUCGGGGAACGUGAGGAUCGAGGAGGGGGAGGGGGACGAGUUGGCCUCGCCUACCAGGCAAUCGAAGAAAGGGAUGGGCUCGUACGUGGUGCUCGCCGCCCUUUUGGCGAUUCUCGCCACUUUGAUCGGGUUCGCAGCGUACAAGGGGGGCUUCUGCAGGAGGAGGAGGAAGAGGGGGGACGUGGAGAACGGGACCGAGUUGAAGGACAUGCAGAAAGCGUUGCUGGAGACGGCGAACGCGGGGGCGCAGGCGAAGGUUGCCUCGAACGGGAACGUGGAGAGCGCCCCCCUAGUCGUCGACCAGACCGAUCAGACCUUCGAUCACGACGAGAUCAAGGUUUCGAACGAUUGCCGGAUAGCGGCUGAUAUAUCGAAGAGGAACUCCGUUUCCGAGCCGCCUCGGGCGAAGUCGAGGUCUCCUUCGAGGGGGAGGAGGAGCGGAAGGGACUCGGUGGAUGGAAACACGUCGUCGAGAGAGGACGCCGUGGAGGAUCGCGUGCAACAGCAACAACCUCCGUUGAGCCCUGGCGCCCAGAGAGUGAAGAUCACGGUCCAAGAGAAUCCUGACAGCGUGCCAAAGACGCCUAUACUCAUCACGAGAACGUCGAACGGUGAGAAUCUAGUCAAGACGCCUUGAGAUCGCCCCUCCCCCCUCCCUCGAGGGAGGAAAACGAUGGAUCUGGCCGACGGAUGGGAAAUUCGAAAGGAGGAGAGGGAGGAAGAAAGGUGAAAGAAGAUUAAAAAAAAAUAUAUAUAUAUAUAAAAAAUGAAGAAAAAGAGUUGCGUUCGACGAGCGUGAAGGAUUCGCGUCGAAUUUGAUUGUCGGUAAGAUUGAUCGAGCGUGUUGCCGCCAGUGUUCCUAAAGAAAAGAAAAAAAAAAGAAAAAAAAAAGAAAAAAAAAAGAAUGUU